GGGGUCCGAGCGGGAGGCACGCCGUGCUCCUGUCGCCGCCGCCGCCGCCCCCAUGCAGCCGUCGUCGUCGCCGGUGGCCGUGCCGGGCGGCGCGCGUCGGGCGCGCACCACCUCCGAGAGCUCGUCGCAGGGAGGGGGCGGCACGCCGCGCGCCGGCCGACUGCGCACCAUCUCCGAGCACGAGGUGGACGACCAGCCGGUGGAGCUGGAGCCGUUCCUGGCCGAGCACCGCACCCUGCAGAACGUCACCGUCACGCUGCCCUCCGGCGAAAAGGGCAUCGUAAUCGGCAUCCGACAAGAUGAAAACUCCAAUCCGUCCUCACCGUCAUCACCCAUGGCGCCAAACGCCCGCCGCAGAGCGGACAGUAUUGCCGACGUGGAUGUCGGCGACCUCGAGUUCACUGAGGUGCCCACGCCGCCCGACGGCGGCUACGGCUGGGUCGUCGUGGCCGCAUCCUUCAUCUGCAACAUGAUCGUCGACGGCAUCGCCUACAGCUUCGGCAUCUUCAUGCCCGAGUUUGUCGAGUACUUCGGCGAAGGCGUCGGCAAGGUGGCCUGGGUGGGCAGUUUGCUGAACGGCGUCUACCUCAGCGCAGGUCCGAUCGUCAGCGGGCUGACCAACGUGUACGGCUGCCGGCCGGUGACGAUCGCCGGCGGCCUGCUGGCCGGCGUGGCUUUCCUGCUCUCCACCACGGUGCCCAGCGUGGCCUGGCUGAUGCUCGUGUACGGCGUGAUCGGAGGGCUGGGUUUCGGCCUGAUUUACCUGCCGGCCAUCGUGGCGGUCAACUACUACUUUGAGGCGCGGCGCGCGCUGGCCACCGGUAUCGCCGUGUGCGGCUCCGGCUUCGGCACGUUCGUGUUCGCGCCGUUCGCCGCUUUCCUGCUGCGCGAGUACGGCUGGAAGGGCGGCAACAUGAUCCUGGCCGGCAUCAUCCUCAACGCCGUGGUGUGCGGGGCGCUGAUGCGACCGCUGGUCUACAAGAAGCCCAGCGACAAGCAGAAGCCGCUGCUACAGAAGAUGGCCGAGGACAAGCAGCGGCAGCUGAAGCGCGGCUCCAUCGUCUCCGACAACUACUUCUUCGUGCAGCUGCCGGACGGCUCGGUGGAGCGCCGGCCCAAGUGGAAGCUGAACGCCGACCCGGGCGUGCACUCGUCGCUGGCGCUUAACGAGUACGGCUCGCCGUCGGGCGCGCUGCCCACCAUCACGGAGGCGGCGCGCACAGGCGGCUCUAGCUCCCCGGAGGACGCCCGGUCGGUGGCCGCCAGCGAGCGGGCGCCGCCCUCCCCGGCCUCCGGCCAGGCCGCCACGCUGACCACACAGAACGAAAUCAGCAACGGCGACGCCAAGAAGGAGGGCGCAAACGGUGGGAGCGAACAGCCCCAAACGGAAGAAGAGGAACGUGAAACCGGAAAUGGAGAGCUGAAGAAAGACAGCGAUGACCCGGCGAAGGCGUCCGGCAGCUCAGUCUCGAAGAAGGGAGGGGAGGGCGACAACGACUCCGAGAAGGCCAGUGACGAGGAGAAGAACGACGUGGUGCCCGAGCUGCCCAGCGAGGAGCGCAGCGAGGUGGGCCGGCGCAACAGCAAGAAGGAGAUCCGCGCGCGGGCCACCAAGCGGCGUGGCAGCGUGCCCAAGGGCGAGCAACAGGCGACGCCGCCGCAGAACGGUGCCAUCAUGCCCAAAAACGUGUCCACGCCGGCGUUCGACCACAAGCGGCGCGGCUCGGGCGUGCGCGCCGCCGGCCUGCGACUCAGCUCGUCCGGCAACAGCCUGAACCCGGACCUGCGCCGGCUGUCGUUCCACAACCGGCGCGGCACGGGUCCCACCAGCCAGGAGGACCUCUGGCUGUGCAGCAACACCAGCGUCAGCAUGGCCAGCGGCUCGCGCACCUCGCUGCCGCGUCCCGGCGAGAUGCUGCGCCCGAUGAGCCGGCGCGACAUCUUCUACAGCGGCAGCAUCGCGCACCUGGCGCAGUACCAGAGCCAGCGCAGCCUGGCCUCCUACCGCGCCUCGGUGCUCUCGUUGCCGCACGAGGGCUACGCAGAGGACCAGCACGACCCCAACACGUGGGCGUGCGUGCUGCCGGCGGGCUGCGGCGUACUGGCCGAAAUGGUCGACAUGGAGAUCCUGCGCAACCCGCUCUUCAUGCUCAUCUGCGCCAGCAACGUGUUCGGCAUGCUGGGCUUCUACGUGCCCUUCGUCUACAUCGUCGACACCGCCGUCAACCGGGGCGUGGAGCCGGACAAGGCGGCCUUUCUGCUCUCGGUGAUCGGUAUCACGAACACGCUGGGCCGCGUGCUCUCCGGCUUCAUCACCGACUUCCCGCGCGUGGACGCGCUGUUCGUCAACAACCUGUGCAUCCUGCUGAGCGGCGUGUGCGUCUUCCUGAUCCCGUUCUGCAGCAGCUACGCUUCGUUUGUGGCCGUGUGCGUGGCCUUCGGCUUCUUUGUCGCCUCGUUCAUCUCGCUGACGUGUGUGAUUCUGGUCGACCUGCUGGGCCUCAACAAGCUGGUGAAUUCGUUCGGCCUGGUGUGCGUCAGCCGCGGCCUGUCGGCAGUGGUGGGGACGCCACUGGCAGCCGGCUACAUAUCGUUGACAUGCAUGGUGCUGGUUGACUUGCUCGGCAUCGACAAGUUGUCGAACGCGUUCGGUCUUCUGAUCCUGUUCCGCGGCACGGCCAGUAUGGUCGGCCCGCCGGUGGCAGGCGCCCUCUACGACUACACGGGCGACUACAACGUGUCGUUUUACGCGGCCGGCGGCCUGCUGGUGCUCUCCAGCGUGACCAGCUUCCUGGUGCCGCUGGUGCGCCGCCGACUGGAGGCCGCCGCCGGCACAGCCGCCAGCACGCCCGGCUCACAGCACGUGCCAGAGCUGAUCGUCAGCGACGAGAACGACGGCUCGCCCGAGGACGCCGUCUGAGCAGAGCCCGCAGGACGGCCAGACCACCUCUGCGGACGGCAGGGCGCGGACCGACGCCGGAGCCCCGGUCGGACAGGGAGGGGACCCCCGCGCGGCGCUGGGCUGCGGGCGCCGCGCGGCCGCCAGGCAGUCAGUCUCGGCCCGCCCCUCCGUCCGCUCCCGGACGCUCGCUGUGUGUGGGAAUGGGAAAGGUGGCGAGCUGUUGACCGACCAAUGCACCUCGCCGCGUGAGCGACUGACGCGCCGGCCAGCCGAAAUCAUCUUCAUCAUGGGGCAUGUGUGAUUCAUUGUGAGUAGGAGGCGCUGUGAGCUAGGGGUGGCCGCGGUGGGACCCCGUCAGUGAGUGGUGCGCGCCGGGGCGCCGGCAUGGGGCCGACCUCUCCGAAGGACCGGCCAGCCUCGCCAACAGUAUGCUGUCUGCACAUCGGCGCGCGGGCGCUGCGGACGGUGGUUGUGUGAGGUGCGGAGGCCUGUAAUGUAUGUACCGAGAGUCGGAGACCUCAGUGGCGCCACCUGUCGGCGACCGAGCCAGGCCAGCCGCGCCUGCCUCGCUGUGAUACUGGCUUCAUUCCGGGACCGGGCGAGCCGAGUCGUGAUCGGGGUGCUGCCGCCCGCCGCCGGUGGCACCCGGGCCGCGGGGCGCCCCUCCCCCCCCCCCUCUGAAGGCGGCACGCGCUCGGCCGCGGACCGGGAGAGUGCGGCGCCUCGGGUCAGUGACGCUGUGCGGCGUCAGUGUCUCAGUGACCGUUUGACACCCGGGUCAGCGGGCCGGGGAGGGUGGCGAGCCGGGUCAGCUGCUGAGGAGGGUGGCCGGCGGCCGGGCUGUGCUGCCUGUGCCGGCCGACUGUCAGUGGCCGGCGGCCGGGCCGUGCUGCCUGUGCCGGCCGACUGUCAGUGGCCGGCGGCCGGGCCGUGCUGCCUGUGCCGGCCGACUGUCAGUGACCGGCCGAGCUGACCGCAGCUGGAGGGCGGCACCCCGGACUGACUGCUCGGGGGAGGGCGGCACCCCGGACUGACUGCUCGGGGGAGGGGGCGCAGCCGCUCGGAAGGCUGAUCCUCAGUUGAAGGGGGUGGCACCCCCCGGGCCGAGCUCGCCCGGCCGGCCGAGGCUAGUGAUGGGGCACCGCCGCACAUAAAUCGCUUUUAAUAAAACUGUUUUGAAUAUGGAAA